UACUAAAAUCCACUACUUCACAGUCUUCAGCAAAACACAACACAUAGACACACUGCUGCUUUCUUUUAACAAACACUGUCUUCUUCAAUCUAUCAAGUUCCACCAAUCCAAACUAAAGAUGGAGCUUACGGUCCCAUACAAACCAAACCCACUUUUAUUUUCUUCAGCUCCACUCACACCCAACUCUCAAACUCUCAUUCUUCUUAAGCUUCCUAAGAACCCCAGGUCCAAAAAUUCCCACCACAGACCCAAUUUUCGUGUUCUAGCUUCUGCAAACCCAAAUGGGUCUGAUGGGUUUUCAUGGCUGAGGCUGACUCAGUCUGUCCGGCGUGGCUCGGAGCGGUUGUGGUCGAAACUCGGUGAGUCAGUGAAGAAGGAAACUGGGUUUGACUUGGAAGAUGCCAAUGUGAAGGUGGGUGAGUUUGUGGGGCGAGCAAAGGAAGGGGUCAGCAAAGGUCGGGGUGAGUUGGAACGGUUUAGGACUGAGUUAGUGCCUGAAUUUGUGAGUUGGAAUCGGUGGGAGCGUUGGAAGGAUAUCAAAACAUGGGAGCCUAAACGAAUUGGUGCCUUAAUUCUCUAUAUAUUUUUUGCAAUAGUUUCCUACAAAGGAAUAUAUAUGGCAAUUCGAGCUCCUAUCUUAAAUCGCCAAAGAAAGGAGUUAACAGAGGCUUACAUGGAGGCAUUGAUUCCUGAGCCAUCUCCUAGCAAUAUUAGAAAGUUUAGGAAGAGUGAAUGGAGGAAGACAAUGCCGAAGGGCCUGAAAAUGAAGAAGUUUAUUGAAGGACCUGAUGGAACACUUGUUCAUGAUAGUUCUUAUGUUGGAGAGGAUGCAUGGGAUGAUGAUCUGGAGCGUCCUCAGGACAGUGUAAAGCAAAUUAUUGACAGUGAUGUCAAACUGAAUGCAGAAGAAAAGAAGGAACUGAAGGAAGACUUGAGCAUUUCGGAGGAAAGUAAAGGAACAUGGCGUGAAAGACUUAAUACAUGGAAGGAGAUCCUCAAAAAAGAAAAGUUAGCUGAGCAAUUAGAUUCCAUAAAUGCCAAAUAUGUGGUAGAGUUUGACAUGAAAGAGGUUGAAAAAAGUCUUCGCAAGGAUGUGGUGGAAAAGGUCACGGAAACACAAGGAACCAGAGCACUAUGGAUAUCCAAGAGAUGGUGGCGGUAUCGUCCUAAACUUUCUUAUACUUACUUUCUUCACAAACUCGAUUGCUCUGAGGUUGCUGCUGGUUUUACCGAGGACCUAAAGAGAUUGUAUGUGACAAUGAAAGAAGGUUUCCCAUUAGAAUAUGUUGUCGAUAUUCCACUAGACCCUCAUUUGUUUGAGAUUAUAUCCAGUUCUGGAGUUGAAGUAGAUCUCCUUCAAAAGCGUCAGAUCCAUUACUUUCUGAAAGUUGUGAUGGCAUUACUGCCUGGAAUAUUGAUUCUGUGGUUUAUAAGGGAAUCUGUGAUGCUUCUAAGCAUCACUUCUAAGCGUUUCCUAUAUAAAAAGUAUAACCAGCUCUUUGACAUGGCUUAUGCAGAAAAUUUCAUACUGCCAGUUGGGGAUGUUGGUGACACAAAUUCAAUGUAUAAGGAAGUGGUAUUAGGGGGUGAUGUUUGGGACCUUCUCGAUGAGUUAAUGAUUUAUAUGGGAAAUCCCAUGCAGUAUUAUGAAAAAGGCGUGAAAUUUGUUCGGGGUGUUCUUCUUUCUGGACCUCCUGGAACGGGGAAAACUCUCUUUGCAAGGACAUUGGCAAAGGAAAGUGGGUUGCCCUUUGUUUUUGCUUCCGGAGCAGAGUUUACAGAUAGUGAAAAAAGUGGUGCAGCAAGGAUCAAUGAGAUGUUUUCUAUUGCCAGGAGAAAUGCUCCUUCAUUCAUAUUUGUUGAUGAAAUUGAUGCUAUUGCUGGAAGGCAUGCAAGAAAGGAUCCUCGAAGAAGGGCAACGUUUGAGGCUCUGAUUGGACAGCUUGAUGGGGAGAAGGAAAGAACUGGCGUUGAUCGGUUCUCACUUAGACAAGCUGUGAUUUUCAUCUGUGCUACCAAUAGGCCAGAUGAAUUGGACCUUGAGUUUGUUCGGCCUGGACGUAUUGACCGUCGUUUGUAUAUUGGUCUGCCUGAUGCAAAGCAACGAGUGCAAAUUUUUGGUGUUCACAGCGCAGGAAAGCAACUUGCAGAAGAUGUGGACUUUGCAAAACUUGUCUUCCGUACUGUUGGUUUCUCUGGGGCAGAUAUACGAAAUCUUGUCAAUGAAGCAGCAAUAAUGUCGGUGAGGAAAGGACACUCCAAGAUCUCUCAGGAAGACAUUGUUGAUGUGCUAGAUAAACAAUUACUUGAGGGUAUGGGUGUACUUCUUACGGAGGAGGAGCAGCAGAAAUCCGAAGAAAGUGUGUCUUUCGAGAAGAAAAGACUGCUGGCUGUACAUGAGGCUGGUCACAUAGUAUUGGCCCAUUUGUUUCCUCGAUUUGAUUGGCAUGCAUUUUCUCAGCUCCUGCCUGGUGGCAAGGAAACUGCAAUCUCUGUGUUCUAUCCCCGAGAAGAUAUGGUAGACCAAGGUUAUACAACCUUUGGCUACAUGCAGAUGCAAAUGGUGGUGGCUCAUGGUGGACGUUGUGCGGAACGUGUUGUGUUUGGGGAUGACGUAACCGAUGGAGGAAGGGAUGAUCUAGAGAAAAUAACAAAGAUUGCUCGAGAGAUGGUAAUAAGUCCUCAAAAUUCUAGAUUGGGGCUUACUGCUUUAACAAAAAGAGUUGGAUUGAUGGAUCGGCCAGAUAGUCCAGAUGCCGAGUUGAUAAGAUACAGGUGGGAUGACCCUCAAGUGAUUCCAGCCAAUAUGACUCUUGAAGUUUCUGAACUAUUUAGUAGAGAGUUAACAAGGUACAUUGAAGAAACAGAAGAACUUGCUAUGCGUGGCUUGAGGGAUAACAUUCACAUUCUGGACCUGAUCACAAAUGAACUACUGGAAAAGUCGAGGAUAACUGGAUUGGAAGUUGAAGAGAAAUUGAAGACCCUAUCUCCAGUAAUGUUUGAGGACUUUGUAAAGCCAUUCCAGAUAAACUUGGAACAGGAGGGACCAUUGCCACACAAAGAUCGGUUGCGAUAUCAACCAUUGGACAUAUAUCCUGCACCACUCCACAGAUGUUGAAAUACUUCUAGUCCAUCAUAAUUACAGUUCCUUGCAUGUAAAAAUGAUGGUCUUUUGGAAAGAUAUUAGUUGCUCCCUUGUGAAAGCCAAGCCACCUGGGAUGUGCACAGCUGCAUGCAUUGGAGUAUUUUGUUGAAUUGACUGAAGGCCAAUAAUGGGCAAGUGUCAAAUCUGCCAGUGGAUUACCCAGGUGUAAUCAAUCAACUGAGGAUGCUAACUGCUGCAUUCAAAUCGAAUUCACUGAAGUUUGGAUGUCUGUCAGCUGGUGAGCCGUGAAUAGAGCUAGCAACUGUUGACAGAAGCCUCAUAUCAUGCAUGGUUUUGUAGUUUGAGAGAAAGUUCCUUGUUUUGUAUCUGAUUAUAUUUUAAAAAGAAAUACUAUAUUUAUAUUGGGAGAUUGUAAAUUGGCUGGGAAUCAGCCUUUCCAAAACAAAUUAAGGGUAAGAUUGCCUACCAUAAAGUGGGAGGUUUGUGUAUUUGAUACAACCUUUUUUUGGGGGGGUGGGGGGUUUAAAUUAUAGGGAGUUUUUCAAAUCCGCCUUUUGUUUUGUAUUUGUAAACUCCUUCCAUAUAUUUAUAAAGGGAAAAUUUAUUUUCUUCA